UUUUUGUUUGGACUCCUCCUCUAAAAUUAAUUAGGUCGAUCGAUCCUUUUCUUUCUCUCGCUCUCUCUCUCAAGAAAGAAACCCUCAACCCCGAGUAAAAGAAACAAAUGGCGAGACCCUCGAAGCCACGAGACUCAUCCGAUGAAGCCAUGUCGAACGGCUCUACAUCGUCGGAAGACGAGCAAAUCAAUGAUCAAAUCAACGAAGACGAUGAGGAGGAGCUCGAAGCCGUGACACGAUCCGUCGGCUCUGACGAAGACAAUUCCCCUGCGUCGGAUGAAGACGCUGUUGCUGAGGGUGAAGACGGUGAAGAGGAUGAAAAUGGUGGAAAGGAUGCAGAAAUCAGGAAGCGGGAGAAGGCAAGACUAAAAGAAAUGCAAAACUUAAAGAAACAAAAGAUUCAGGAAAUGUUGGAUGCGCAAAAUGCUGCUAUAGAUGCUGAUAUGAACAAUAGAGGGCAGGGCAGAUUAAAGUAUUUAUUACAGCAAACAGAGUUGUUUGCGCAUUUUGCCAAAGGCUCCCAAUCUGCACCUCAAAAGAAAGUGAAAGGAAGGGGUCGACAUGCAUCAAAGAUAACUGAAGAGGAAGAAGAUGAAGAAUAUUUGAAGGAAGAAGAAGAUGGUUUAUCAGGAACCACACGACUGGUUACACAACCUUCCUGUAUUCAAGGAAAGAUGAGGGAUUACCAGCUGGCUGGAUUAAACUGGCUCAUUAGGUUGUAUGAGAAUGGUAUAAAUGGGAUCCUUGCUGAUGAAAUGGGUCUUGGAAAAACUUUGCAAACCAUAUCCUUGUUGGGCUACCUUCAUGAGUUCAGAGGAAUCACCGGUCCUCAUAUGGUAGUUGCUCCAAAAUCUACCCUUGGUAACUGGAUGAAUGAAAUUCGGCGUUUCUGCCCAAUUUUGCGGGCUGUUAAGUUUCUUGGAAAUCCAGAUGAAAGGAGACAUAUACGUGAGGAGUUACUGGUUGCUAGAAAGUUUGAUGUCUGUGUCACAAGUUUUGAGAUGGCCAUCAAAGAGAAGUCUGCCUUGCGUCGCUUCAGCUGGCGCUAUAUAAUCAUUGAUGAAGCCCAUCGAAUCAAGAAUGAAAAUUCUCUCCUUUCUAAAACAAUGAGACUGUAUAAUACCAACUACCGUCUUCUUAUCACGGGUACCCCACUUCAGAACAAUCUUCAUGAACUAUGGUCCCUUCUUAACUUCUUACUUCCUGAAAUCUUUAGUUCAGCUGAAACUUUUGAUGAAUGGUUCCAAAUUUCUGGGGAAAAUGACCAGCAGGAAGUUGUCCAACAACUUCACAAGGUCCUCCGGCCAUUUCUUCUGCGAAGAUUGAAGUCAGAUGUUGAGAAAGGUCUACCUCCAAAAAAGGAAACAAUACUGAAAGUUGGCAUGUCCCAGAUGCAAAAACAGUACUACAGAGCAUUGCUACAGAAAGAUCUUGAAGUUGUGAAUGCAGGUGGAGAACGUAAACGUCUUCUGAACAUUGCAAUGCAGCUGCGUAAAUGCUGUAAUCAUCCAUAUCUGUUCCAAGGGGCUGAACCUGGUCCUCCUUACACUACAGGGGAGCAUCUCAUAACAAAUGCUGGUAAAAUGGUUCUUCUGGAUAAGUUGCUACCGAAGCUAAAAGAGCGUGAUUCAAGGGUCUUAAUAUUUUCUCAGAUGACAAGGCUGCUGGACAUUCUUGAAGACUAUUUAAUGUUUCGUGGGUACCUAUAUUGUCGGAUUGAUGGCAAUACUGGUGGAGAAGAUCGAGAUGCUUCUAUUGAGGCCUUCAAUAAGCCAGGAAGUGAGAAAUUUGUUUUCUUGCUGUCAACUAGAGCUGGAGGCCUUGGUAUUAAUCUUGCCACUGCAGAUGUGGUCAUCCUUUAUGAUAGUGACUGGAACCCUCAAGUUGAUCUGCAAGCACAGGAUCGUGCUCACAGGAUUGGCCAAAAGAAAGAAGUUCAAGUGUUCCGAUUUUGUACAGAGUAUACUAUUGAGGAAAAAGUGAUUGAGAGGGCAUAUAAAAAACUUGCACUUGAUGCUCUGGUGAUUCAACAAGGAAGAUUAGCAGAGCAGAAAACUGUCAAUAAAGAUGAGCUGCUUCAGAUGGUGAGAUUUGGUGCUGAAAUGGUUUUCAGCUCCAAGGAUAGCACAAUUACUGAUGAGGAUAUCGACAGAAUUAUUGCAAAAGGAGAAGAAGCAACAGCUGAAUUGGAUGCAAAGAUGAAAAAAUUUACUGAAGAUGCAAUUAAAUUUAAAAUGGACGAGACUGCUGAAUUGUAUGAUUUUGAUGACGAGAAGGAUGAGAACAAGCUUGACUUCAAGAAAAUCGUUAGUGAAAACUGGAUUGAGCCUCCAAAAAGAGAGCGGAAGCGCAAUUACUCUGAAUCUGAGUACUUUAAACAAACAAUGCGCCAAGGUGGACCUGCAAAACCAAAAGAGCCACGAAUUCCUAGGAUGCCCCAACUGCAUGAUUUUCAAUUUUUCAACACUCAAAGGUUGAGUGAACUGUAUGAAAAAGAAGUACGCUACCUUAUGCAAACUCAUCAGAAGAAUCAGUUGAAAGACACAAUUGAUGUAGAUGAGCCUGAAGAAGGGGGAGAUCCAUUGACUGCAGAGGAAUUGGAAGAAAAGGAACGAUUAUUAGAAGAAGGAUUUUCUUCCUGGAGUAGAAGAGAUUUCAAUACUUUCAUUAGGGCAUGUGAGAAGUAUGGACGAAAUGACAUAAAAAGUAUAGUGUUAGAAAUGGAAGGAAAGACUGAGGAAGAAGUUGAAAGAUAUGCUAAAGUUUUUAAAGAACGAUAUAAGGAGUUAAAUGAUUAUGAUAGGAUCAUUAAGAACAUUGAAAGGGGAGAGGCCAGAAUUUCUCGGAAAGAUGAGAUCAUGAAAGCCAUUGGGAAGAAAUUAGAUCGCUAUAAAAAUCCAUGGCUUGAACUAAAGAUUCAGUAUGGUCAGAACAAAGGAAAGUUGUACAAUGAAGAAUGUGACCGUUUCAUGAUCUGCAUGGUUCACAAGCUUGGAUAUGGAAACUGGGAUGAGCUCAAGGCAGCAUUCCGUACAUCACCGUUAUUUCGAUUUGACUGGUUUGUGAAGUCUCGUACGACCCAAGAACUUGCUAGAAGAUGUGAUACCCUCAUUCGGUUGGUAGAGAAGGAAAACCAAGAAUAUGAUGAGAGGGAGAGACAGGCCAGGAAAGAAAAGAAACUUGCCAAGAACAUGACACCAUCAAAGCGUGCUGCGGGAAGGCAGCAGCCAAAUGAGAGCCCAAGUUCCCAAAAGAAGCGGAAGCAGUUAUCAAUGGAUGACUACCUUAGCUCAGGGAAGAGGAGGAAAUGAUAUUUGAUAUAGGAGGUGAACCUUUGAUAAAUUACAAGCAGUGCGCUGUAUUCUGGUGAUAACCCUUAUUAUUAUUAUUUUAUAUUUGGCAUUAGGGUUCAAUAGAAUUCAUAACCGCAGUGUAGUAUUUAGAUUAUGUUAGGUUGAUGGGUAGUUGUUGUAUAAAUGAGAAUAAUAUAUACGGAUGACCUUCGUAAGCCAAAUUUUAUUCCUGCGGAUUGAAUGAAAAUUAUUUGUAGUCUCUAAA